CAGUACGAUAAGUGACAUGAUCAGCUGCAGUAGUGGAUAAAGAAGCAACAAUUAUUUAAGGCACUCGUUAAGGCAGUUGAUCAGCGGGCAACGCGCUUAACACACACACACAUAAACAUAUAUACUAAAAUAUAUAUUAUAUGUGUAUAUAAAUUUACAUGUUGUUGUUGUUGGAGCUCAAAUUUUAAUUUAAAUACUACUUGUCUAAUUAAAGUGAUUAAGUGCGAGUUCACGGGCAAAGAAAGUGCAUGGAAAUAGCAGCGUUACAAAUACAUACAUUAUAAUAUAUAUAUAUAUAUAUAGUAUAUAAUAUAAAAAUAAAUAUACAUAUAAUACAAAAAUACAUACAUAUAUACAUACAUGUAUUAUAAUUGUAUAAAAUUCGCUUGCUGAUGCAAGAACAGUGACAAGUGCUAUGCUAACUUCGUCUAUCGCGUCGCAUCUGCUAAUCUCCGCUAGAUACUUUCUAGUGAUAAGCGACGAGUCUUUUAUCAGCUCAAACAACGGUUAAGGCUCGUGCGUGCGUAUGUGCAAUGAAAUUUGCGAUGUUGACAUUAUUUACGAUGUGAGCUGCUGCCGUCGCUGCUGCUGCUACUGCUGUGAAAGCGACUGCACACAACUUUUAUGAAGUAGCAGUUCUUGGUGGAGUCACACACACAUAUAUACAUAUGUAUAUACAUAUAUAAAUGCAGAAAUUUUAAUGAAUAAUAAGCGCAUAAAUUGGGCAUAACACACACAAAAAGACAAGUGCGCGAAGAGAGUAACAAAAAGUGCAAACGAAAAGCAGCAAGCGAAAAAGUUGAACGAAAAAAAAAUCAGAAAAAAUCUUAAAAAACACAAAAAAUCUUAAAAAUACAAUACAAACGAAAAAAACAUAAAAAACACAAAAACGCUCAACAAAACCAAAAAAAUUGCAAUAAAUUUUUAAAAAAUCCUCUUUGUCUCGCGCAACGUUUCAGCUGCACAAGUUACAAAUUACACGUUACAAGUUAAUUUUAAAUACAAGCCGCUCUUGUUGUUAUUAUUGUGCAUUUAAAUUUUUUUUUUGUUUUUGUAUUAUUAUUGCUGUUUGCUCGCGUUCCACGCAUUCAAUUGAAUGUAUCGCGCUCGGUGGCGGCAGCAAUGAGUAUACCGGCGCGCGGCAAAUGGACUUCAGCGACUGCGGUGGCGACGGCGGGCGUACAGCGCAGGCGUGUAAUCAACAAACACAUUCAACAGAAGUAUCUGUUAUGUGGGUUUGCCAUACAUGCUUUCCUCGCCACACCUGCCUAUCUCUAUGGCAAUGUCGUGGAAUCGGAUAAGGAUUUAGUGCUGCGCAUCUGGCCGGCAAUCGUUUAUCAAGCCACGGGUCAGAUUUGUCGCUCCAUUCUUGAACAUCUGGAUACAGAGUAUCGGGGUCGUGAACGUGAGACCACACAAUAUCGGCGCUUCUUUCUUUGUGCCACGCUCACCACAUGCCUCUCGCUAAUGAUUAGCGGUAUAUUCUUUUCAUCGGCUUGGUUUAUUGUUUCAACAACAACGCAAGCUGUAGCAAUAGUGUUUUAUGGAUUAUUUGCGGGCAUUGGUUCUAGUCUCUUCAUUUGGAAGACCCAUGUCAUUUUGGAAGCGGUACGCCCGCGCGAAGAUAAGUUCGUACGCAAAACUAUACAUCUCUGCGGCGAGGCAUUCUGUCAGCUCUUUCUCUCAUUCGUCUUCACCAGUCUACGUACACUUUACGGUACAGCGCAGUCGAUAGUACUGAUGUCCGCAUUAUUAGUUAACCUAAUACCGAUCAGUUUAAUUAUUACACGUCAUCGUGAAGGUUCCAUCACAAAGCGCAUUUCGAUGAUUACCGCGGAGAGUUCCUUCCCGCCACUGCAUCAUCAAUUGGGCGCAUUCCCGCCCAGCAUUGCCGAUCAAAUCGAUGGUAUUGAUGUACAAAUGCCGCGAAUUUGGAAGAGUCCGCUGCGCGAACAGCAUCCGGGGACUGCGACCGCUGCACUGUUUUCGGCUGAAGCACGUAACAACUACAUGUUGGCAGCGGACGAGGCCUACGUGACCUUUGUCAAUCCAAAUGGUGUAGAGAUUAUGGAAAUCAUACCCGAGGAAGAUGAGACUGUGUCUAUGAUUCGUGGCAGUUCAGCGACUAUAGGAAAGAGUCAUAACAGUGUGGCUGCAUCACAAAAAAUCCAUCCUAAUGCUUCGUCGAAUGGAUUACAGCAAAUGGAUGAGACGGCAGGCGCCGACAAGACAGAGACCGAUGUUACAGAAGUCGGAAAUUUCUAUAAAUUUCAACGCAUAUCCCGUUACAUAACCACGAAUAUUUGGAAGACUUUGAAAGAAAAAACUUUUCUGCCACUGCAGCGUGCGCUCUUGGUGCCACGCCUCUACUCAACCACACUACUAAUGUCCGCGGACAUAUUCUCGUAUGUAAUGUGCCUAACGGUACUGCCGGGAUUGGCGGUGACUCAUCAUGCUAUCAAAAAUGCAGAAAUACCAUUUCUCUUUUCGCUUUUGGCCUUCCCAUGGAUGUGCUUCUCGUUGAUGACCCCACGCUUCGGCAGUAGUUUGUAUAAACGCAAAAUCGAGUGGCAUACCUUAGGCAGCGUUUGUAAGGCUUUGGCCCUAAUUCUCAUUAGUUUCUCCACGUCGAAACUGCAACUGAGUGUAUCCUCCGUCCUGUUGGGUUUCGGUCAAGCGGUAACGCUCUUCCUUCAGGAUGUCGUCUUUCAGCGCAGCAUGCCACGUGCUCAAUGGAAUGCCAUACGUUAUCCAGUACAUUUCACCAAUGGUCUACUUAUGUUUGUGUGGGGCGCCUUGGCUCAUUGGGUUGUUGUGACCUUUUCUUUUCAGGCCUCUGUGGGUUUGGCGGGCAUGGUUUACGUUAUAAGCAUGAUCACUUGGAAUAUGAUUUUUGUCUGCUGCAACACGAGAGAUUGAAAAAAUUCGACAGUAUUUACGAUUUUAAGCCAACUGGAUCUUAUAAAAGUGUUAGCCCUCAAGUACUCCUGCGCACUUAAAUAGAAAUUUAUGAAAUUCUUUGUAACUUGUCAUAGGUAUAUUUGAGGUUAGACUUAUUUUAAAUUGUUCCUCACAAAAGUGAAAUUUUUCAAAUAUUGUAAUUAUGUUAAAGUUUUAAAAUCAAAUAACGAAUAAAAAUUUAAAAAUUCUGA